AUGGCUCCUCCACGAUUACAAUGCCUCAAUUCGGCGAAGCAGAUAACGACGAAGAUUCCGUGUCUGCGUGCAGGAUUCUCCACGUCUCGAAUCGCGCAGGCUGAAGAUGGCCCGCAGCGCCCCGAGUCCCGCAGCCUCCUCGACUCUAUAGGUGAUCCAGCGCCUUCUCGAACAAGUCGAUUUGGAGGAAAUUCGGGCAUCCGCCCACCAACAAAGUAUCAAGGAGUGCAGCUUCCUAACCGCACCAACUUUCAGCGCCCUCCUCCUGCCCAGAACUUCAAAGCAAACCAGGCUAUUCUAAAUUUGACCCAAAAACACCUUUUCGACGAUCGGCGUAAUGCUACCAACCAUAAAGCGGACGCUGUGGCGGAUGUAAAAGAUUCUGAACGGGCAGGCAAGUUUACCAAGCUGAUUACACGGAGGUGGAAGACUGGGGAUGUGUAUGCGCCGCAUGAUCUGAGUGAGGUGGAGAUGACAAAGUGGAAAAGAAGGAGCUGGCCUACUCAUGAUGUUUUCGAUAUCCUGGAUAUGAAUCCGUUGGAUCAUUAUCGGAACUUCUCGAUUAUGUCAGAAUACAUGACGGAUAUGGGACGAAUCAAGACGUCGAGGGAGACCGGCUUGCGACCCGUAAAUCAGAGGAGAAUUGCCAAAGCUAUCAGGAGAAGUAUUGGGAUUGGAUUGAUGCCCAGUGUGCAUAAACAUCCAGAGAUUCUGCAAAAGUUUCUUAGCAAACAGCUGGCGUGGGGUAAGGGGAGUGUGUAUGGAGGCAAUCGUCCUUUGUAA